AAUGCGCUUUUUUAACAGUUUUACUGAAUUUCGCACUAUUCACUAAAGUUUUGCAAGCGUUCGGUAGAAGAUGUCUACGGUGUCAAAUUCGGAGAAUAUUUCACCACAAAUACUGCGAGAUGUUGCAAAACAGCUUCAUUCUCUUCAGUCAAAUCCUCCUGAAGGAAUUAAAAUUUUCAUAAAUGAAGGUGAUCUUACUGAUAUUCAUGCAACAAUUGAAGGACCGUGCGAUACACCAUAUGAAGGAGGGUUGUUUAAAAUGAAAUUAGUACUUGGAAAAGACUUUCCCCAGUCUCCGCCAAAAGGUUAUUUUUUAACAAAGAUCUUCCAUCCUAAUGUUGCCAAAAAUGGUGAAAUUUGUGUCAAUACAUUGAAAAAAGAUUGGAAUGCUGAUCUUGGCUUAAAACAUAUACUUAUUACGGUGAAGUGUUUACUCAUAUAUCCCAAUCCUGAAUCAGCUCUUAACGAAGAAGCUGGCAAGUUAUUACUUGAACAAUAUGCUGAAUAUUCAAAACAAGCAAAAAUGAUUACAGAAAUUUAUGCGAAGCCAGUAAAAGAAAUUAAAGAAAACGAUCUCAGCAAAUCAACUGAUAGUAAUAAUAAAAAAAGAGUUGCAGAAAAAUUAGACAAGAAAAAAAUGGAAAAAAAACGAGCAUUAAAAAGGCUUUGAUAUGUUUUAUAAUAAUUAAAUUAUUUAAAUUACAGAAUAUCAUUAACUGAUUUAA